AUGGAUAUUUAUACAAUUGUGAUCUUACGGCUAUCUGAAACUGGAAUUUCUUUAAUAAAACUUCUUAGUCCAGAAGUAAUAAUAUCAGAUUUACAACAAGUCAAAUCAUGUUUAUCAAGUGGAUAUUAUCCAUUAUUAAAUAAGAUAAUAUUAUAUGUUGAAUCUCAUAUUGAGGAACCUUCGAAUUUAGUACCGCCUUUAAAUUUAUGUGAAAAUAACGCAGAUACACAAAGAUCUGUUGAUAUACAAACUACAGGAACUCCAUUUGAUAUUUAUAUACAUGAACCAAAUAUGGAUAUUGAACUUCAACAUGGAGUAUCCUCCAAACAAUCACAAUCAACGUCUUCAAACAUAUCAACAUCACGUUUUGAUACCAAUUCCAAAAUCUUUGAUAUAUGUAUACCUCAUUCAUUACUUGGAUGGCAACCUUUAGUUGCACCAGAUCGUCAUGUACUCUCAUCAAUCGAACAUUCAUUAGAAAAUGCAACGGACACUGUUAUGUUAUUACAUUCAUGUAAAUUUUUUACUGAUGUACUAUUACAAGACUUUCCAGCUGAGAUAUUUUUACAACGGCCAUCGAUCGUUAAAAUAUUUCAUAGUUUAUUGAAUAGCACACAAUCAACAAAAGUAGCUGAUGUGGUGAUAGCAGCUUUACAAAAAUUAUCUGAAUUAUUACAUAUCCGUGUUAAAUAUUAUUCUGAUCCUAGUACUUUUAAUUAUAAACAGGAGAAAUGUAUUGAAGAACAAAGCGGUUUAAGAAAUUCAUUAAAUGGUUUAUCGAGUUGUAGAACUACUCCAUGUAAAACAGACAAUAAUGAUCAAAAGGAUUAUUAUUCACAAGCUACCAGUGAAGCAACCGAUGAUUUAGAAUCGGACAACGAAGAUUCGGUUUUAUUACAAAUUCAACAAUUAACAUUGCCACAUUUUUGUAUUCAAACAUUGUACUAUGCUUUUGUGCGAAUCGGAGCUAAACCCACAGCGGUUAAAAAUCUUUCAGCAAACAUUAGUAAUAAGGAAAAUAUGAAUGGAUUAAUAAAAUUAAUUGCAACUCUUAUUAAAUUAACACAUGUUUGUAUCAAACCGGAAAUAUGGAAUUAUCAAAGUGAUCAAAUCAUUCAAGAAGUGACAAAUCAAAUAAUGUUACUCUUCAAUAAAAUGGCAGAUGUAUUAGAACAUUUUAGAUUAUUAUCACUUGCAACAGACAUAAAUCCAAAUAUUAGAGCCUCUCAUUUACAACUGUUAUGUUUAACUAGAAUGCUGCUAAUAAAAAUUGUACCAAAACCGAGGUCAUACUCCAUAUUACCAACUAGUUUAAAAAAUUCCAUUGCAAACUGUUUGGUCGAUGCUGCUUUUUUGAAAUUAUAUCCAAAUAUUCACGAAGAUCUAUUUUUACUUUUAACUGAUAGCUCAGACGGACAUGGAACAUUUUUAAAUCGUUAUAAAGAUAUAAAUAUGGUUUGUAAUUCGAUGGAUGUAGCAGUCAAAUUUAUACGUCAUGGAAUUUCUAGUAAUGAUGAAGAUGUCGUUUUGUUAAUGUUGAGUGUAAUACCAAGUUUGGAAUAUCAUAAAAAUAUGUCGUUAGUUAAAAACUUUUGUGAGAUUCUCGUCAACAAAUAUCCGAAAUGGAAGGAAUCUGAAAAAUUAAAAAAUUCAGUUGAAGAAUUAAUCGUAUCUUUGUUGGGACACAAUGAUUCAGAUGUAAAAUUGGCGAUAUAUAACGCAUGUCAUUUAUAUGUAACAAAUAUACUUGGAAUCGAUCAUGUAACAAAAUCUGGUCCAGGACGACCUGGUGAAUGUUUAUUGUUUUUAUGGAGCUCUGGAAUAUUUAUUGAAAUCAUUUGUCAUGGACUUAAUUCGGAAAAUGCACAAAUACAACGAUAUGCUGAAGAAAUUAUUCAUUAUAUUUUAAAAGCGAAAUUUUUUGUUACACCCGAAAUUUGGAAUACAAUUCUAAUGGCUAUUAUACCAGCAUUUCCAUUAUUACAAUGUUAUGCAAAUAAAUCAACUGCGUUGGGACGAUCAAUUUUAAAAAUGGUAGAUCCUGACAUUGCAGAAUCCAUUCAAUUACCAUCAAUUGAGGUAAUUAAAGGCAAUUUAAGGAUGUUAUUUUCCAAAAAUCAUUUGGUUAGAGGUGAAGCAUUAUCACGAUUAACUUGGAUUUUAACAUCAGAAGAAAAUUCAGAUGAAAAAUUACCAGCAUUGAAAACAUUACGAGAGCCAUUAUUGAGUACAAUAUGUAUUUUUGAUAAUCCCAUAAAUUUAAAAAAUUUGGAGGAGCCAAAACAAUUUUAUCAGCUGUCAAGUAUGUUACAAGUAUUAGAAUUGUUAUCAUCAAAUGGUAUUGAACCAACGAUAAGAAAAUCAGCUAUCACACAAUUAUCAGCAAUGUUAGAAGAUCCAGUAUUACAAGAUACGUUUGUAACAGAGGGUGGUGUCAGUUUAUUGAUCACUAUCUUUAAAAAUUCAUUGAUUGAAAAAGAAUUUGAAAAUUAUCCGGAUAAUGUAAUUCCUGUUAUACGAAUUUUGAAAAAUUUAUGUUUCUAUAAAUCCACAUUAAGACAAGAACUAUCACUUAAGAAAGAAUUAUAUUUAUUGAUUACCAGAGCACUAUUUUUAUUUUCUGGUGAUGAAAAUUUUCGGUCAGAUGCAGCAGUAUUGCUUUGUUUAUUAUUAUUUAGUGAUUUUAUUUUAACAACUGGACAUGAUAAACAAAUUUCUAUUGUUCAUAUGAUUGCCAAUUCAUUAUCGUUACCAAUAACAUGCAAAACACAUUGGCGAAUUAGUCAACAUGCUCGAUCCAGUUUAGCAGAUAUUCUGUUAAAUGAAGAAAGUUCAGCAGCUACUUUACGAAUACAUUGGAAUAUCGCUUGGUAUGGUGGUUUACAAGAACUAUUAAAUUUAGAACAAGUACCAAAUGCAAAUUCAUUGACGCCAGAGCAAUUAGCUGAAUUUAAUGGCAACUUACGUUUAACAAAAUUUGAUUUAGCAUCUUUAAAAUAUUCUUCUACAUAUUAUUGUUGUCAAAUGUAUUUGUAUGAUAUUCAGAAUGCUUCGUCUCAUCAAGCUGUCAUGGAGUCCAUUUAUGGAUUAACUGCUUUCAUGUCUUUACGAAAAUUAUCAAGUUCUUUUGAAAAUAUUGAUAAUGGAGGGAAUAUUUUAAAUUUACCAUGGGAAUUUUCACUUGGUAGAUUUUUAGCUUCUCCGCCGUCUAGUGUAGAAGAUAUCGAAUUACUUAUUGUGAUAUUAAACUUUUUGAGAACGCAUAUGAAAAUUUUUAAGAAAUCUAAUGAAAAAUCUUGUUGGAUUACAUCAAUUUUAAAGGAUCCAAAUCAUUGUCUUCCUAAACUACUUCAUCAUGGUGGCGAAGAAACAAAUAAUUUGAAUAAAAAUUUAAAUAAGGAAUUAUUGAUGCUAAUUACGGAAUGUGCUACAAUUGAACAAAGAUAUCUAGAUAUUGGUAUGCUCAGAGAUAUUAGAAUCGAUAAAAAACAAAAGGGCAAAAAAAGAUGUUCUGGUACUUGGGCACAUAUUGUACAAUCGAUAACAGAAAAUUUACAUUUUAACGACACUGAACAUUUUUAUAAUUUAGCCUUUUUAGAUUGGCUUCUAAGCUGUCUGGUGCAAAUAACAGCAACUUUAGGUUGGAGUGAAAACGUACAAAGUCAUUUAAAUACUCAAGAAUUACGAGGUUCAUUAAUAGGAUGCUUGACUGAAUUGGUGGGUGCAUUUCAUUGUGGGAAAGGUCCGGCUGCAGCUACGUCCUUUAUGGGAUUGAGUAUUACUAGAAAUUCUAUAUUAACAAUGAAUCAUUUGUUAUGUGAAAUGCAAAAUUUAACCGAAAGAGGUUGGGAAAAAUUUUGGUUAUGCGAAACUGGUGAUAUAAAUGGUUCGUUGCAAUGGCUUGGUACUCUAUGGACAAGUAGAGAUGUUAUACUACGUGCGGCCACUUUACAAUUGCUAGCCGGUCUAGCAUCAUCACAGAGAGGUGCUACUGAAGUUAUAUUGGGAUUACGUAUGUCUUGUUCAGGAGGCGUUUGGGGUGGCGCUUUAACGAUUUUACUCGAUCAUAAUGAAGCUAGUGCUGUUCGUGAACAGGCUGUCAAUUUACUUACGAAUUUAACUAGUCAUAGCACUCCAAUUAAUGGAACAAAUUGUUCAGCUUUAACAUUAUGUUACGGUCCAGAUAGUAGUGUAGAGACGAGUGGAACGGUAGAAUCACUUUUGGCAUUAUUGGAAAAAUAUAAUUUUUACACCGAAUUGGAUUCCAUAUUAUCAUGUUUAAAUUUUGAUGUGGAAAUUAAGAAAUCGCCUGUUAGUGAACUUUCUCAAUGGAAAAUGCAAACUGAAACAGGCAUGUCUGAAUCAUCAAGACGGAGUAAAGAUUACAUGCUAGUUUACACACAAAAAUUGAGAUCUGUUGUACAUGGCGGUGAUGUAGAUUCUGAAUCAAGUUCAUCGAAAACUGUGGAAUCUGUAGAUGGUACUUGUUUUAUUGUAACACCAAGUUUGGUUAAAUCAUUAUCAUGGUUUAUUGUGAAUUUAUUAAAUUUGGAUCCUGAUGCAGUCGUUAAUGAACUUAAUAGAAAUAUGUUGAUACGCAGCUUUUUCAAAUGCUUGACGUUGGUGAAUUUCAAUGUGAAAGACAGUCGUUCGUUGGUCUUGUAUAUGGAUGUGUUAGAAAUGUGUGCAGCAAUUUGUACACUUCUAACAAAAGCUGUGACAAACAGUUGCGAGAGUCAUUCAACAGUCUUACAUUUACGGAAUUGUUUAUAUACAUUAAUAUCAACAUUAAAUCCUACGUUAUAUUAUUCAACCUCGAAUCAUUUAUUAUAUUUAAGAAAUCGUUUAUGGAGUCGUGUUUAUAAUUUUUUAACUGCAUUGCUGGUGUCUGACGAUGGAAACACUUGUUAUCGAGAUAAAGGAUGUAAUGCUAUUAUAAUUGCUUUAAACGAAGUUGGUUACAUUAACUUUAUGGAAGCUUUAUGUGAAUCAAUUAGUGGAAAUUCUCCAGAAUUACAACAUGCAUCUAUAUCGUUAUUAACAUCGUUACUACGUUUAGAGGCACCACAAUUUGAUAAUUUAAAAGAUUACGAUGCAAUUAACAUAAAAGAAUCAUCACCUUCUUUACAAGUAAUUUUCGAUACAGUUCGAAUAACAUAUUCAACGGAUUCAUGUUUAUCAUCAUCAAAUAUAGAAAAUAUACGUUCUUCGAAUGAACUAGAAAAUGAAAUCAGUAUUAAAACCAAAUUACGAUUCAAACACAAACAAUAA